CCCUCCUACAACAACGUCCCGCCUCCCGUCGACGGCUUGACGCUCGCCAAGCAGCGCGCCCAGGAGGUCGCCGCUCGCCUCUUCAACAACUCUGGAGCCGGCGUUGGCGCAGGUGUCCUCGACGCCAAGCGCCCUAAGAUUGAGAAUGGCGCUUCUGGCUUCGAUUCCAGCGAUACCGGCUUCAGCUCCGUUCCAUCAGAUGUGAAGCCUCAUAGUCUGCACUCGGUGCCUGCAGCGCCUGCCUCAUAUGGGUUCCAGAGUUCGAGCAAAAAAAUUGAUAUUCCGAACGGUAGGGUUGGUGUUAUUAUUGGGAAAGGCGGAGAGACCAUUAAAUAUCUUCAGCUUCAGUCUGGAGCGAAGAUCCAAGUCACUCGGGAUAUGGAUGCGGAUCCCAAUUCUCCGACUAGGAUGGUGGAGCUCAUGGGUAGUCCAGAACAGAUUGCCAAGGCUGAGCAGCUGAUAAGUGAAGUUCUUUCCGAGGUGGCUGAAGCUGGCGGUUCUGGCAUAGUUUCGCGAAGAGUGACUGGACAAUCUGGAUCUGACACAUUUGUAAUGAAAGUCCCAAAUAACAAGGUUGGUCUGGUAAUCGGUAAAGGAGGAGAAACAAUUAAAAAUAUGCAAGCCAGGACUGGAGCUCGUAUUCAGGUGAUACCUUUGCAUCUGCCCCCUGGUGAUACAUCGAUUGAAAGGACAUUACAGAUUGAUGGGACCAAUGAACAAAUUGAGUCUGCUAAACAGUUGGUCAAUGAAGUCAUCAGCGAGAAUCGUGUGAGAAAUCCAGCAAUGGCUGGAGGAUAUUCUCAGCAAGGUUAUCAAGCACGACCUCCCACGGCCUGGGGUGCACCUGGGGCUCCUCCCAUGCAACAACCAGGUUAUGGAUAUGUGCAGCCUGGAGCAUAUCCGGGCCAAACUCCCCAGUAUAACAUGUCUCAGCCCUCUUAUCCAGGCUACCCUCAACCUGCCUCUGGUGGUUAUGCCUCUAAUUGGGACCAGUCAACUGUUGCACCAUCUCAGCAGACUUCUCAGGGAAGUGGUUAUGAUUAUUACAGUCAACAGCCAGCUUCACAGCAACAGCAAACACCUGGUGGUACUGCAGCUCCAGCAGAUAAUUCUGGUUACAAUUAUAGUCAACCACCACCUUCAAGCUAUAAUCAACAGGCACAAGGUUAUUCUCAAGAUGGCUAUGGUGUGUAUCAGGCACCAGCUCAAUCUGGAUAUGGUCAGCCACCAACGUAUGAUCAGCAGCAAGGUUAUACUUCUGCAUCUGGCUAUGGGAAUGUGACCAACCCAGCACAAGAUGGGCACACUCCGUCCUAUGCAUCUCAGGCAGAUUCAGCCCAAGCUCCACCUGUCCAGGCUUCUUCUGUGAGCCAGCCAGGAUACACUAGUGCUCAACAGCCUAGCCCAAGUCCUGCAAGUUACCCACCUCAAGGAACAACUCAGCCUGGUUAUGGAAUACCCCCAACUUCGCAAACUGGUUAUGGUAAUCAACCAGCGGCUCAGUCCGGAUAUGGGCCUGGCUAUGGACCACCGCAAGCCCAGAAACCUCUUGCCAAUCCCCCAGUUUAUGGGCAGGCUACCCAGUCACCAGGCACCCCCGGAGGCUAUGGCCAGCCUGCCCCUGUGCAGCCAGGAUAUCCCCAUUCUCAGCCACCCCCAUCUAGUUAUGCUCAACCUGACUCUGGUCCGCAACGUGCCCCACCAUCCAAUUAUGGUGCUGCUGCUGGUCAACCGGGUUACGGACCUCCAUCUUAUGGUGCACCUCCUGUUAGUCAGCCAGGUUAUGGACAGGCACCACCACCAUACAGCACCUAUGGUAGUGCUUACUCACAGCCUCCGGUUUAUUCUGCCGAUGGCAGUGCUGCUGCUUCUCAGACUGCUCAGCAGAGUGGAGUAGCCAAGACAUCGCCCCAGAGUUGAUGAUAUCUGGUAAGUUGGGUCAUUUUGGUGCUUUGAUGAAUGGUUUUGUAUUCCUAUUGUUAGGUCUAGUUAGGUUUUUAUAUUGUGGAAGUCAUAGAUGUUAAAGGUAAGGAAUGGUUGGCUUUGGCGUUACCUGUGUCUCAUAUUUUACUCUGCUUGUUCUAAAUAAUUCUGCUACCUUUUGUUUCUAGUUACCUUACUUUUAAAUGCUGCUUGCUGUAAGCACCUCCAUCCAACUUUUAUCCUUAAAUCAUGCAUUUUUGAAUGUUCUUUA